CAACCAAAUGGCUAUUUACCUAUUUCCAUCUAUCAAUCUAUUUUUCUUGUUAUCUAUUUGAUUUUUAGUAACUACACAUCUCUAUCAAGUUAUAUAAUGUCUAUGCCGUACAAACUCUGUUUAAUUUGUUAUAAAUGGUUACCUUAAUAAUAAAUGACAAUCUCCAAUGAAAUUUUUUUCCAUAAACUACAGCUUCCAAAAUUGCACGUACAUAGGUUUACUUCUAAUUAUUAGGCUUUUGGUUUUAAAACUUGGCGUACACAGUUGAAUCGUGUCCUCCAUUAGUCUGAAAUGAUUCUUCAGUUGUGAGCUGGAUAUAAUACAGUUUUGAUAUUGAGUCUCACUGACCAGCCUUGUAUGUAAAAUAUAUAGACCAGAUUAAUUUUUAUUUCUAUCUAGGCGUGGCACAUUCUGACAGCCAAUCCUCAAAUGUAAUGUUAUGGGGUAUUGAAUACAUUUAUUAAUCUGUGAUUUAAAUAUCACAUGGGGAGAGCUGAAAUGCAUAGGAGAUGACACCAUUUGACAUAUAGUGAGUACAAUACAGAUUAAUACACAGAUUAAUUUAAAUUUUAAUAAAUAACUGUUUUAAGACAACAAGCUGUAAUUUGAUAUAAUGAAAUUGGAAACCCUUUUUGUUAUUUCGUAAUUUUCUAAAAUUACUUUGGUACGUCCUUACGAAACUAAAAAACAGAACGUGAGCUACAACCUCAUGCCUCAUUCUAACACUGAGCUUUUAUUAAGUAAGACUCCAUUUCUUGCUUGGGUAUCAGAACUGGUCACGUUAUCUCUCAAGAGUCUGUGUCAUCGGGUAGUGGGAAGAUUGGGCAUAGGGUAAGUGGAAACGUUUCUUACAAUUUGACUAGUAUUCUACUAUUUAAACAUUGAUAUAGGUCAAUAAGUGGUUCAUGAUUUUAGUAACUACUGCUGAAAUUCCAGAGAAUAGCUAGAAGUAACAGUUAGUGUCCUUUAUAUUGUAUUUACACCUUAUAUUUUGUUGGGCUUUGAUCAUCAAAUUCUGAAAUUUAAUUGAAUUUUAUAUGGAAGUUGUUUAUUUUGAGUUAGAUUGUUCAAAGCUUUCCUUAAAUCCGUAGGCAAUACUAUAUAACUAAGGCAGAAACAUGUGUAUUCAUUUAUUUUUAAGUAGAUCUUCCGGAUCUUCAGUUAUAGGAAAAAGACAUUGGCAAGCCUUGAUGACAUUUCUGAGCCUGGUGAUCGCCUACUCUAUGAGAGUCAACCUGUCUGUAGGGAUCGUGGCCAUGACUGACAAUACAGAAGCCAAUCACCACAUACCGGUAAUAUCUUCAGGUAUUACCGUGGGAUAGUUCCACAAAAGGCAUCAUCUUGAGUUCCUUUUUCUGGGGAUAUUUAAUCCUGCAGAUCCCAGCCGGUCUGAUGUCCCGCAAGUUUGGCCCUAAAUACCUGCUGUUCUGGGCUACAAUCGUCUGUUCUGUUCUCACUCUUCUUGUUCCAUAUAUUGCCGAGAACUUCAGCUGGGUAAUAUUAUGUAUGACCAGAGUGGCCAUGGGUCUUGUUCAGGGGGCUUUCUAUCCAUGCGUCAACGCCCAUACUUCAAAGUGGGCCCCUCCCCUGGAGAAAAGCAGGAUAUUCUCGUUUGUGUUCAUAGGCACACAAUUCGGUACCUUUCUCACAAUGCCCAUAGCCGGGUACCUGGCCGCCAGUCCGUGGGGCUGGCCCAGUAUCUUCUACUGUACCGGACUGUGCGGUGUAUUGUGGUCUGUGGCCUGGCUGUUUGUAGGCGCCGACUCUCCGGACUGCCACCCCACCAUCAGCGACGGAGAGCGUCACUAUAUAGUUUCUUCACUAUCACAAGUUUCUACUGAAAAUAGUCACUUUACGACUCCAUGGAAGUCUAUUAUGACGUCAGUACCUGUUUUGGCUCUUAUCACCGUACACUUCUGCCAGAACUGGGGCUACUGGAUGCUUCUCACACAGCUACCAAACUACCUAAGUCACGUUCUUCGUUUUGACUUGAAAAGUAAUGGGCUCAUAUCUUCUCUUCCUUACUUGAUCAUGUGUCUACUGACUUUUGUAUUUUCCUGGGCUGCAGACUACAUCAACGCCAGACGUAUCCUGCCACUUAGCGCAUCCAGGAAGAUAUGGAACAGUUUAGCCCACUGCGGAGGUGCGGCUGCUCUUGUGGGAAUGUCGUUCAUCUCUAGCAGUGUCACUGGAGCUGUAGUUCUUCUCACCACAUCGGUGUCCCUAGGAGCUGGCAUCUAUAUGGGGUACCUGGCAACCGCCCUUGAUCUUUCCCCAAACUUCUCAGGUGUUCUUAUGGGUAUCGUCAACUGUCUGGGCAACAUUUCAUCUUUCCUCGCUCCGAUGGUUACUGGUUUCAUAGUCAAAGACGAGGCCAGUAGAGACGAGUGGAUGAUUGCUUUUUACAUCUCCGCAGGUAUAUUCUUCGUGGGAAACUUGAUCUUUAUAGUAUUCGGAUCUUCUGAUGUUCAGCCCUGGAACAAUCCUCUUCAUGUAAAAACAUAAUGAGAGCAUCCAUAAUUAAAAUGUAGGACGUAAACUAACUACGCCUAUUAUAUUG